AUGAACACAAAACACAACCUCGGACCGCACCUAACCUGGCUCCGACGGGAACGUCCGCAGAUUCCGCCGCCGCGCACCACCACCGCUGCCGCCGCACCCAUAGCGCUACUGCCCCCGGUGCUGACCGCUGAGGAGAAGAAGGGCCUGCAGAGAAGGAAGAAGCAGCAGGAGGAGGAGCUGGACAGAGACGCACAGGAGCAACUGGAAGAGCAGGAGCAACUGGAAGAGCAGGAGCAACUGGAAGAGCAGGAGGAGAUGGCGAGGCUGCAGAUGGAGCAGGUGAGGAGGAAGAGGCUCACGGCGGGGAGGAAGGCUGGGACGUCGACGCCGACGGGGACGCAGGUGCCUAGGACGGCGGCAGCAACGGCGGCGAGAACUCCGGGGUUGAGUGCGAAUAACGCACCAUCCUCCUCCUCCUCCUCCCGCCCACCGUCGACAGCACGCCCGCCGCCACAGCCAAAACACGUACUAAUGGACAUCGACACCAUCGACCUCACACUCGACGACAACGAGCCCGUCUACAUCGGCCGCACCCCCACCACCGUCAAGCCCACCACCACCGCCAGCGCCGCCGCACCACAGAAAAUACCUGCCCCCACACCACUACCAGGCACGCAGCGGACAGUACCACCACUGACGUCGACAUCGACGCCGCUGUUCAGAUACGACGAAGCCAUGGACGGCGGCAGCAGCUCCAGCAGACAGCCCUCCCCCGUCCGCCGCACAACGAAUAAACGCAGCUCACUGGAGUUUGAGGACGGAAACCCCCAGCACGGGGUCCCGUCGAAAUCGCCGCGCACGCAGAGGCGCUCGACGCCGGAGAGGAGGCAGGGUGCGGUGGAGGUGAUGGAGGUGCCGUCGGACCCGCCGCCGCCGUAUGAGAGGAGUGUGGAGAUGGGUGGUGGCGAGCUGGACUAUCCGGACUUGUCGCAGGUGAUGCAGCCGGUGUUGAAGCCCGUGACUGCGUCUGUGCCCGCUGCUACCACCUCGAGUAGGAGGAGGGGGGCAGGCGUGGAGGAGCAGCAGGUAACGACGAGGGUGGGGAAGCUGCGGAAGUCAAAAUCUUGUGGUGCGCGCAAUGGGACUAUCGAGAUCACAGAGGAGCAGGAGGAGGAGGUGGUCCGUAAGAAGAGAAGAACCGUCAAGAUCACAAGGGACCUGACACAGGGCGAGACAUGGCCGCCAAAACCGACCAUCUCCGAGAGCGAGCGGCUGAAAAAGACUCGCGCUGAUAACACAAAGUCCCCGUCAAAGAGGAGAAUGAGACGGGUGGUCCCCAGCUCGGAUCAAGAGGACUCGGACGGAGCACUGUCGAUCGAGGAGCCCGACGAGGAUGAUCAUGGAAUGGGACGGAAUAUGGAUACUAGACUCGACGAGAUUGCGCUUCUCGAGGUCGAGGGAGGCGGGGACGAACAGCCCUCGCCGCCGUUUGAGCCGGAAGCAGAUGACGAUGAAGACUAUGGCGCCUCAGACCUGGACCUCACGGAAGCCAUCGCACAAGCCGACUCAUCCAGCCGCGGCCCCGCAUCCUCAAUCCCCCCCCCAAUCCCCCCGCACACACAAGACCGCCGCCGGCCCCAUCCUCCGCGCGACGAAGCAUCACCGCUCCAGCGCGACAGCCCCACAAAGCUCUCCGGCGUCCCAAAACGCACAGCAAUCCCGCCAACCCCGCGCUCAGACCGAACCAAGAAGAAGGCCCGCACGGGCACCGCAACCGGCACCGACAGUACCGACAACGACGACGGCCUCGCCGGCUACGACCUGGACAAGCUAAAGAAGAUGCUCCCGGAGGCUACGCGGCUGAGUUAUGCCAAGAUGGAGGAGGUGUCGGACUAUAACGCCGACGGCGCGAUGCCGCCGAUGGCGCUCGUGCAGGAGUCGGCGGCGCUCAGGAGGAGGGUGAAGGCGCUUGAGGCGCGCAUUAAGGCGCUGGAGGCGGCAGGGGGAGAAAGGGGGACGAGUGUGUGUGUUGAGGCGACGCAGCCGGUGGUGCCAGAGACGCCGACGAGGAGGCGCGCGGCGUCGCAGGUUGUCAGGCAGACGCAGUAUGUGCCCAGUAGCCCUACUAUCAGACGGCAGGAGGAGGAAGAAGGGGUCGAGGACGACGACGACCGCGAUAUGUCGCUGAUGGAGGCGUGGGCGUCGCCGAGGAGGCUGCAGAGGGCGGCGAAGAGGGAUGCGUUUAUUAUUGGGAUGGGGUCGCCGCCGCCGCCGCCGAGCCCGUCGGCGUGGGAGUCGCCGAAGAGGAGUAGGAGGUCGCCGGUGAAGAGGGGCGGGUAUGAGGACUCUGAUGUGCCGCCGGAGCCGGCGCUGCAGAGCGAUGGGAGCGAUUAUGGCGAGGACUUUGAUGUGGAGGAGAUGGUGGAGGAGGAGCAGCAGCAGGUGUUGGCAACGUUUAGUCGCCAGGAAAGGACGGUGACGGGUUUUAAGGGGAAGAUGGCGGCGGGAUUCAGUACCUCGACGAGUAGCAGACAGGAACAUCACCAUCACCAGCAGCAGCAGAGUUUUGGGAACACGGUCAGUAGUUAUAUGAAGCCGGCCAAAAAGACGCCCUCACACAGGCUCAGCGAGAUUGUCAUCAGCGACGACGAUGAUGAUGAUGAAAUCCAGCUCGUCCAGGCCCAGAAGAGCACAUCAUCAAAAACCGCCGCAAAGCCACGAGCACCGCUCACAAGAACAUCCGGCAACUCCCCGCCCGAGCCCCGCACAAUCAACAACGUCCUCGGCCGCUCCACCACCACCCAGCAGCAGCAGCAGCAGCAGCAGCCCUGCAGCAGCAACCAGACACCGCAAAAGUCCCAGAUCGCCCCCGCAGGCCCCCACGCCCGCCUGCAUGUCCAGCGCGCCGCCACAAUCGACAUGAGCAGCCCGGCCAUGCGGCACCCGUGGUCGCGCGACGUCGCGGACCAGCUCCGCCGCAGAUUCAACCUCAAGGGCUUCCGCAACAACCAGCUGGAGGCCAUCAACGCCACGCUCUCGGGCAAGGACGUGUUCGUGCUCAUGCCCACGGGCGGCGGAAAGUCGCUCAUAUACCAGCUGCCCGCCGUCAUCAGCUCCGGCAAGACGCGCGGCGUCACGGUCGUGGUGUCGCCGCUGCUGUCGCUCAUGCAGGACCAGGUCGACCAUCUGCAGAGGCUCAAUGUCAUGGCGUUCUACAUCAAUGGCGAGAUCAGUGAGAUGCAGAGGGGCGUGCUGUAUGAUUCGCUCUACCACCAGGAUGUGGAGGAGAUGAUACAGCUGCUCUAUAUCACCCCGGAGAUGAUCGCGAAGAGCGACAAGAUGGUGAAUACGCUGGUGCACCUGCACCGCCGCGGGAAGCUGGCGCGCGUGGUCAUUGAUGAGGCGCACUGUGUCUCGCAGUGGGGGCACGACUUUAGGCCCGACUACAAGUCGCUCGGACAGCUGAGGGACAAGUUUCCGGAUGUGCCGUGGAUCGCGCUGACGGCGACGGCGACGAAGAAGGUGCAGAUGGACGUCACGGCGAACCUGCGCAUGCCGCGCUGCGAGGCGUUUCAGCAGAGCUUCAACCGCCCCAACCUCCACUACCAGGUGCUGCAGAAGGGGAAGGACAUACUGGACAGGAUUGUCGACAUCUGUAGGCAGCCCAAGUAUGCGAAUAAGACGGGAAUCGUGUAUUGCCUCUCGCGCGCCAACUGCGAGCAGACCGCGGAGAAGCUGCGCGCCCGUGGCAUAAAGGCGCAGCAUUUCCAUGCGGGCCUGGCGGCGGAGGAGAAGGUGAGGCUGCAGAAGGGGUGGCAGGCAAGGCAGUUUAAUGUCAUUGUGGCGACUAUCGCCUUUGGUAUGGGUAUUGAUAAGCCCGACGUGCGCUUCGUGAUCCACUACACUGUCCCCAAGAGCCUCGAGGGGUACUACCAGGAGACGGGCCGCGCAGGCAGAGACGGCCUCCCCAGCGGCUGCUUCCUCUUCUACAACUACGGCGACACGGGGACGCUGUACCGCAUGAUCAAGGACGGCGACGGCAAUGCGGACCAGAAGCGGCGCCAGAUUGAGAUGCUGCAGAUGGUGGUGCAGUACUGCGAGAAUAAGGCCGAGUGCCGCCGCGUGCAGGUGCUGCGCUACUUUGGCGAGAACUUCCCGGAGGACCAGUGUGACCGCGGCUGCGACAAUUGCUGCUCGGGCAUCGAGUAUGAGGAUGUGGAUGUCACGGACAUGGCGGUCGCUGCGCUGAGUGUGGUGUCGCAGCUGAACGAGAAGACGCUGCUGUACUGUAUUGAUGUGUUCCGCGGCAGCGCGAGUAGGGCGCAUAAGGAUAGUGGGAGCCAUGAGCUAGCGGGAUAUGGCGCGGGGAAGAAGUGGGAUAGAAGUGAUUGUGAGAGGCUGUUUCAUUAUCUGGUCCAGAUUGGAGCCGUCACGGAGGAGCAUGUGCAGAAUAAGGCCGGGUUCUAUGUCAGCCAUGUCUACUUGAACAACGCAAAAGCAAACCCGAUCCUCCAGGGCCGCCGUGCAAUCUCGAUGGCCUUCCCCAAGAAGGCCGCCGCCGCGGCAGCAAAGCGGACAGCAUCAAGCCACACGACGGCCUCGGCGCUCGAGGUCCAGAGCAUCCGCAGCCGCUACCAGUUCAAGGAGAACGUGACGAAAGUGCAGCGCACCCGCCACUACGAAGCCGAAGCCGAAGAGGAAGAGGAGGAAUUUGGCGCCGGCGGUAGCGAAUAUGAGCUUGACGGGUUUGUGAUCAAUGACGACGACGAAGAAGAGGAGGACGAUGAGCAGCCUGACAGCCUCGGAUUCAUGCCUGUGCGCCAGGGGGGGAGCAAGAAGCGCUUCUCGGGGCAGAAGAAGAAGAAGAUGGGAAAGCCGAUCACGGGGGAUCCGGAGCUCGAGGGGUAUGAUUCGUAUGCGCUGGACAUCAUGGAGCGCUUUGUGGCGGACGCAAAGAAGCUGCGGCAGAAGAUCAUGGAGCGGAAACAGCUCGAGAGGAUUGAGAGCGUCUUUACGGACAAGGUCCUACGAACCAUUGGCCUGCGCCUCCCACGAACACUCGACGAGCUCCGCGCAAUCCCAAACAUCGCAACCGACAAAGCCGACCGCUUCGGCGCCUCCUUCCUCAAGAUCACCGCGCCGCUGCGCGAGGAACGCGAAACAAAUAUGCAGGGCGCAGACCUAUCGCAAGUGCCCGCGCCCGCGCAUGUCACCACCGACGACGACAACGGCAGCGAGUACGACGAAGACGAAGACGACGGCGACGGCGAUGGCGGCGGCGGCGGCGGAGAUGAGAUCGGCGCGGAGACGGGCGAUAGGUCGGGAUACUUUGCGGCGCAGAGCGAGUACUUUAAUCCGCCGAAGAUGUCGCAGGCGCAGCAGGCGAUGAUGGAGCAGUGCGGGGGCGGGGCGAGGCCGAGGAAGAAGGGGUUUGGGGGGAGGGGCGGGAGGAGGAGGAGUGGUGGCCCGCAGAGGAAGCAGGCGGGUGCGGCGAAGAAGAGCUCUGGUGGAGCGUCCCAGGCGGGUGGGAGUAGGGGUGCGAGUAGGGGUGGGAGUAGGGGUGGGAGGAGCGGGGGGAGUGGUGGGGGGAGUAGUAGGGGUGGAAGUGGGGGUUGGGGUGGAGGUGGAGGCGCCUUUGGUGGCGGCGGCGGCGACGGGGCUUCGAGGAUUAGACAGAUGUCGUAG